AUGGCCCACCAAGCACAUGCGUAUCAUAUAGUAGACCCAAGCCCAUGACCCCUUACAGGUGCAGUUGCCGCUUUACUCCUAACAUCCGGCUUAGCAAUUUGAAUACAUUUUAACUCUAUAUUCCUCUUAAUAAUUGGUUUAACUCUCAUACUGUUAACCAUAACCCAAUGAUGACGGGAUGUUAUUCGAGAAGGCACAUUUCAAGGACACCAUACACUACCUGUUCAGAAAGGACUUCGUUAUGGGAUAAUCUUAUUUAUCACCUCCGAAGUCUUUUUCUUCUUAGGCUUCUUCUGAGCAUUCUACCACUCAAGUCUAGCUCCCACCCCCGAACUUGGCGGGUGUUGACCACCAACAGGCAUUAGUACACUCAACCCAUUUGAAGUCCCACUUCUAAACACAGCAGUUCUUCUUGCUUCAGGUGUAACAGUUACCUGAGCACAUCACAGUAUUAUAGAAGGUCAACGAAAACAAGCAAUUCAAUCAUUAACUCUGACUAUUAUUCUUGGAUUUUACUUUACUAUCCUUCAAGCAAUAGAGUACUAUGAGGCACCUUUUACAAUCGCAGACGGUGUCUAUGGCUCAACUUUCUUUGUAGCCACUGGUUUUCACGGCCUGCAUGUAAUUAUUGGAUCUUCAUUUUUAAUAGUAUGCUUAUUGCGACAAAUUAAUUUUCACUUUACUUCACAACACCACUUUGGAUUUGAAGCUGCAGCCUGAUAUUGACACUUCGUUGAUGUAGUGUGACUUUUCCUCUAUGUUUCUAUUUAUUGAUGAGGAUCUU